AAUAAAGUUAACUUUAUUUAAAAAUCAAGAAAGAACCGCUGACAAAUAUGUUUAAAUAAAGUUAACUUUAUUUCUAAACCAAGAAAGAAGGACCUACUGACAAAAACCUGGGAUGUGUUUUAAUUAUUUUUACUGAAACACGGAAAUCGAGCUUAUGAACAACAGCAAACAUCAAAGCUUUUAUCAUGUCUUCAAGAAAGCGUAAAAGGUACUCUAAGGAGAUAAAGUGUGUAUUUUUCCCUGAUGACAUCAAACAUGGGCUCCAGAAAUUGGGAAGCGGGACUCCAUCGAUUUCAUCUGCGUCAUCUGCCAAGAGCUGGGAGAAGUGUGGCGACAGUUUUCUGGAAACCCCGGGCUUAAAGGACCUCCAGUCAUCGGGGAGAAAUCCAGCCGCCAUAAGAAAACUCUCUGAGUCGCCUGCUUUGGAGCAGAGCAGUGCUGCUCUGCCUGUUGAAGAUCCUGUUCACAUUGCUUGGAGCGCCAGUGACUCUGAUCACUCAGACAAUGAGGCCUGGGAACAGCAACGAUUCUGUGUUUCACAGAAGCUACAGCGAGGUCGGAGAGCGGCGAGGCUCGUGGCUCCCAUCCAGUCUUAUACGAGCAUGCUGAGCGAGCUCACUCCUGAUAAAGAUGAUCUCCCUGUUAUCGACACAGACAGUGACCUGGAAGAGUCAGACUGCAUGUCACAAUUGGCCAGAGAAAAACCUACAAAGACUCCUUCUAAAGAUUCAAAUGAGCCAGAGAUCUCAGGCUACGCGUCUGAUGGAGAAGAUAUUGGCGGCACCUUCACCUCCAGCCAACUGGACUCUCAGACUUUUUCUCUCCAAACUGAUGAAGGCGCCAAGAGGUCAGUCAGUGAGUGGGUCAAAUCUGCACAGGCAAUGCUGCAGACGCCUCAGAAGUCCACCGACAGGCGACCCAGGACCCCAGAGGACUCCGCCAGAAAGAAAAGAAAGUUUCAAAGUGGAGGCCUGGCGGAGAGGCUCAACCGGCUUCAGUGCAGGCAGAGGUCAGCCGUCAGUUUCUGGAGGCACGAGUUCGUCCCUGACACCUCAGCAGCAGUGGACAGGCCCGGUGUGAUGGUGCUGGAGGUGCUGGAGGUCCAGGAGGAGUGCGGCAUGCAGCUUGCGCUCUGCGAGCAUCAGCCACCCCAGAGGGACGACCACCAGCUCUGUCGGCGAGCCUCUGAGAGAAAAACCGGCCGGACGUUGGUGUUGUUUAACAGAGAGACCGCAGCCCAGCUGAGUCCUGCCCCGAGAGAUGUCAUCCACAUACACCCACCAUGGCAAAGUCUGUCCAUAGAGGGCUUCAGCUGUCCUGUUCUGUUGAACACACACUUCAGCCAAAAAGUGAGCCACACCUGCGAACCGGCCAACGUGCCCUUUAAGUUUUCUGCAGAGAAGUGCACGCCGUAUUAUUUGGGCAAAACAUUUGGACGCCUGGAUGAGUGCGGCACUGUAGACAAAAACCAUGCAAAGCAGGGUGGGUCGUCUGAUUCAGGAGGUUGGAUGACACGUGGGGUGUCUCUCCUGGAGGCCAUUGAGGGCCUCGGUCAGGCGGGCUCCGUGGAGCAGGACGUGGAAGUGGUUGCUCAAAGGGUUUUCUCCAUCUACAUGGCUGACUGCUCACCUGCGUCCAUCAAACAUAAAGCCCCUGUGCGACCCUCCAACACUCCUGGAGUAGAGGAAGCCAAAACCAGGCUGUGCGUGCUCGUCCAGGACAGCUGCGGGACGUUCAGCGUUGUCCAGCUCCAGCCUCUGCUCGCGAGCGAUGAGCUCAGCACCUACCGCCAGAUGUGGCUGGGGAGGACAUGCCUGCUGCGGGGCAUUAAAGUACUGAAGCGGGUCACUCGAGAGAGAUACUCCAGGCUGUUCAGCUUGAUCGACAGCCUGUGGCCCCCAGUGUCGCCUCUUAAAGACGAUGGAAACUCACCGAGUGCACCCGGUGACGUCAGACCUGCUUGUCCAGCUCCCAGUUUCUGUUACCUGCUGUCAGGCCAGCAGGGCUCCAUAAAGCCCACCGAGGGGCAAAAUGUUUCCCCUCUCCACCUUCCCCCCACACACCGAACUUUACAAGACACACUGCAGAGGGGGGCGAGCGUCGGCCGUUGCAGUUUUGUUGCUGCUGUUCUGCACAAAAGAAUGCAGAGCAAUGUAGGCCAGCGUGAAGUGUGGUUGGUGAUCACAGACCCCAGUCUUCAGGAGCACGAGAGGCCGGGCAGGCGAACCGUGGCUGUGUGUGUGAGCGCUUCCUGUGUGCUCACUUCCUCUGUCCUCAAAGCCCUGAGUUCCCCCGCCGUCUGUCAUCUGUCCUUCACAGACGCCAUCCGAGAAAAUGGGGUCCUCCUCUGUGUGGAGCAGUCUGUGAUUGAGGUAUGCUCUGAAGAGCCCCAGGGCAGUUUCAGCACUUCAAACGGGCCAGAGUCAGACUUACGGUUUGUGAAAAAGCCCCAGGUGAAGCCCCUGCCCCGGCCUGUGAGACUGGAUCCCGUCAGUGUGGAAACCACACCCAACUCUCUCUGCUCUCUGUCAGGGGUGAUCGUUGGAGUGGAUGAGAACACGGCAUACUCCUGGCCCGCCUGCAGCCUCUGCGGGAAUGACAACUUGCAGUCAUCAGCCGAGAGGCCUCAAAGCUUUCACUGCAAUUCCUGUAAGUCAGAGGUGGAUAAGCCCAACAUGAAGUUCCAGCUGGAAGUCUUCCUCAGCUCCCCCUCAUUGAGUAGCUGCACGCUGAAGGUUAAGCUGCUGCAGAAGACGAUCAUGUCUGUCCUGAACACCACAGCGUCAGAAAGCGCUGAGUUCCAGGGUUGUGAUGUGGAGAGCGUGCUGGGAAAAGAGGUGGGUCCCAUGGCGGUUUACAGCCGAGUCGUCACCAGGAACCCUGCCCUGUGGAUUGGCCUGGAGGAGGUGUGCCUGUGAGGCUGCAGAUAUCAAUCUUCAGGCUUCAGCUGGCUCCAAGGAUCUGAUCCUCCUCUUCCCCCUGGAAAGGCCUCCCUGACAGCUUCAGGCUGUGCCGAGGAGAGGAGAUCUUGUUUGUGUUGACGAUAUGCAGCGUCUUUGGACCGGAGGUUACUGGUCCAAGGGUGCACUAAAUGAACCCACGUGGUCGGGUGGGGGGGGCAAAGCCUUCCAUGCCGUUUGGGAUGUAGAAUUGGACGUGGUGUCAAUAAAAGCUUUAUUUUUGCUGA